GCCCUCCUUGGCAGAAUGGUGCAGGCGCACUGGUGGCUAACGAAUAGACUGGGAAUUUCUGCUUUUGUCGACAGCAGGGAACAACCCACCACUUGUUUGAACAAACUGAAUCUCUCUCACUGCUAAAUAUUUAUCUGACGUAGCGUCGCUGGACGGAGGAAGGUACGAGGAAUCCACCACGGCUAUCAGACGAUAAUAAUAAACAUCAUCGUCGUCUGCUAACAUUAGCAGACAGACGACCUGAGGACUGCGUUAAUAUUUACAAGUGGCGUCCACCUUCUGUGAGUCAGCCGAGAGACUUCCUCAGCUAAAGAGGCAUGCGGUCAUCAGAGCAGCGUGGGCAGGCCUGACUCAUACAACAAUGGAGUCCUCAUCUGAGUCCCAACAGGAGCCCGAGAAAACUUUGCAUCAUGCAGAGUUGAGGGAGCAUCUUAUCACCUCCGCUGCCGUAGUGCACAGCGAUGACUCCGUCCUUCUGACCCCAGGCAGGAUGAGCCAGCGGCAGGUGAAGGAGAGGGACAAGGAGAAGGAGGCAGGCCUCCAAACCCCCAGCAGAGAGCACAUCAGCACACCCUCCACCCUCAGCCCAGGGGUCAGCUACAGCCAUGGUUUUGAGAGAGGGAAGGAGGACCUCCUUCCUCUGCCUUUAAAGGAGGACUCCAAUUCCAUAUCUAAGAGUAAGUCUGAAACCAAGCUGUACAAUGGCUCAGACAAGGAUGUGUCGGCAUCUGGAGGGAAGCUCACCAAGAAGGAGUCUCUCAAGGUGCAGAAGAAGAACUACAGAGAAGAGAAGAAGCGGGCCACCAAGGAGCUGCUCAGCACCAUCACAGAUCCUUCGGUCAUCGUCAUGGCYGACUGGCUGAAGAUCCGUGGCACGCUAAAAAGCUGGACCAAGUUGUGGUGCGUCCUGAAACCUGGUGUCCUGCUGAUCUAUAAGACUCACAAAAACGGGCAGUGGGUGGGAACGGUGCUGCUCAACGCCUGCGAGCUGAUCGAGAGGCCGUCCAAGAAGGAUGGCUUCUGUUUCAAACUCUUUCACCCACUGGAGCAGUCCAUCUGGGCCGUCAAGGGUCCUAAAGGAGAAGCAGUGGGCUCCAUUACGCAGCCGUUACCCAGCAGCCACCUCAUCUUCCGCGCUGCCUCUGAGUCUGAUGGCCGAUGCUGGAUGGACGCCUUAGAGCUGGCCCUGAAGUGCUCCAGYCUGCUGAAGAGGACCAUGAUCCGCGAGGGGAAGGAGGACAUGAGCACAGUCUCCACUAGUGGAGAACACUCCAUUAACUUCUACAGCCUCCUCAGAGCUCACAACAUUCACGGCUUUCAGUUUAAUGACAGCGACCAUCUGAAAGAUGUGGACCUGUACUCGGACAAAUCAGACAGGGAAGGAGAACCGGACCAUGAGGAGUCGGACCCGGAGAACCUGGAAAAGAGUGAAGAGAGCGACAGUGACACGUCGGAGCGCCAGGAUGACUCGUACAUUGACCUGGACCCUAAUGAACAUCUGUGUGAGACCCCAUACAUGGAACAGUCUCAUGAGGAGUUAGGAGAGGCUGGUGAGGCUGCACAGACCGAAACCGUAUCAGAGGAGAAUAAAUCUCUCAUCUGGACCCUGUUGAAGCAAGUUCGACCCGGCAUGGAUCUGUCCAAGGUUGUACUGCCCACAUUCAUCCUGGAGCCAAGAUCCUUCCUGGACAAGUUGUCUGACUACUACUAUCAUGCCGACUUCCUGUCAGAAGCUGCAGUUGAAGAGAAUGCCUACGACCGGAUGAAGAAGGUGGUGAAAUGGUACAUCUCUGGAUUUUACAAAAAGCCAAAGGGGCUGAAGAAGCCUUACAACCCCAUCAUUGGGGAGACGUAUCGCUGCAUGUGGCUCCAUCAGAAGACAAACAGCAAAACCUUUUACAUCGCCGAACAGGUGUCCCACCACCCGCCGGUGUCAGCCUUCUACGUCAGCAACAGAAAGGACGGGUUCUGCCUCAGUGGCAGCAUCCUCGCCAAGUCCAAGUUCUACGGAAACUCCCUGUCAGCCAUAUUAGACGGUGAGGCUCGUCUCACUUUUCUCAAUCGAGGGGAGGACUACGUGAUGAACAUGCCCUACGCUCACUGUAAAGGCAUACUUUACGGGACCAUGACGCUGGAACUUGGAGGUCAGAUCACUGUUGCAUGUGAGAAAACAGGCUACAGCGCUCAGCUUGAGUUCAAACUAAAGCCAUUUCUGGGCAGCAGCGACUGCGUCAAUCAGAUCUCUGGGAAGAUCAAGCUGGGAAAGGAGGUGCUGGCGACACUGGAGGGUCACUGGGAUAGUGAGAUCUUCAUCAACGAUAAGAAAACCGGGACCGUGGAGACUUUCUGGAACCCAACACCUGAGCUGAGGCAGAACAGGCUGAUACGCUACACCGUCCCACCAGAGGAGCAGGGGGAGUUUGAGUCAGAGAGACUGUGGCAGCACGUGACCCGAGCCAUCAUCAACAAGGACCAGACUGAAGCCACCAAUGAGAAGUUCAUCCUGGAGGAAGCUCAGAGGAAAGCAGCCCGCGAGCGUAAAGCUAAAUGUGAGGACUGGGUUCCCGCCUUGUUUGAGCAGGACCCCAUCACUGGAGAGUGGCAUUACAAAUAUGCUGACACAAGGCCUUGGGAUCCCCUCAACGACCUGAUCCAGUUUGAGAGYGAUGGCUGCAUCCAGACCAAGGUUCGACACCGCACCCCUAUGGUACGUUCUGGCAGUCUUAUUAGUCUGAGUAACCAGGGGCAACGGAGGGACAAUUGCAAGUGCCAGGUAACGGUGCCAAAGAGGAAACACAAGAGCGAGAAGCCCAAGAGCCCAGAGAGCGGCUGCUCUUCACCUGAACUCGACCGCCAAGACUCGUCUGGCAGUGAGCGACRCAAAAGCAAACACAACAGCCGUCUGAGGAAGAAAGGUGCCGACCUCAGUGAACUUCAAAGUGCCAUUGAAUCUAUAAAGCAGACCCAGGAGGAUAUCAACAGGAGCAUCGUCGUGCUGCGGAGUCGUGCCGUCGGCCGAACGGARAGCGGCUCCUUCCUCCAGCAGCGCGACUUCGUCAUCAUCGUUUUCCUCAUCGCCCUGCAGGUCCUCAUCAACUACAUUUUCAAGUAGCAGCCGCACACGUCCAAACUCCCUCCUCCUGUCUUUCUGUAACACAAACAAAUCUUUACUUAAAGAGACUUUAAAAAAAGAACAUAUUUAUUUGUWAGCAGCUCUGAGAAGAUCCACUGAUUUCAAAGAAAAGAGAAGCAAAGAAGUUCCUGAAAAAAGACGCGACAAAUUCUCUACUGCCACUUAGAGCUCGUCGCAACAGAUGUUUUUUAACUGUUUUUUUUGUUGUUUUUUUAAUUUUAUUUUGUUUUAAGUUCACAUUUCAGCUCAAAUAGCAGGGGACCUUUUAACACAGAGAAAACCUGGACUCUAAAUACAUGAMAAUGCUUAAAAAGAUAUCGUUUACUUUGAAUGCUUUUUUUUAAUACUUGUUUUUUCUCUUGGAACAAAAAGCAAACAUAAGGGAAA